AUGGUCGUGUUUGAAAAGUUGACUACAAUGCUGCAGGAUUUAUUCGAUAUUCAAAUGAUCUUAGUGACUGUGGUCGUCUUUAUAUGUAUAUAUUGGAUGAUACAACGUCUACAAAACACAAAACAUACUAAUCUUCCGCCGGGUCCUCGAGGCCUUCUGUUAAUUCAAAAUCUGAUUGGUUUAGCCAAUCCGACCACCUUUCAGACACUACGCAGCCUGGCUGGUAAAUACGGUGAUGUAUUUUCCUUGUAUCUUGGUCAACAACUCAUUGUCGUGCUGAAUAGCUAUGAGACGAUACACGAAGCCCUGGUGAAAAACUCUGACAGCUUUUCAGAAAGACCACAGUUGCCUGUCAAAUUAGGAACGUUAAAUACCGGGGUGGUAUUGGCGAAUGGGAAGCCCUGGAAAUUCAAACGUAAAAUGUUCAUCAGUGCAUUGCGUACAUUUGGAAUGGGCAAGUCGGUAAUGCAGGAAAGAAUCUUAGACGAAGUUCAACAUCUUCUGAUCGAGUUUGAAGACCACCAUGGUGGACCAUUUGAUCCUAUAGCUCACGUGACCAAUUCUGUAUACAAUGUAAUUUGCUCUAUUACAAUUGGUGAGCGGUUUGAUUACACUGAUGAACGUUUUGUGAAAUGUAUGAAUUGUCUCGACACUUUGUUCAACCUCGCUCCUACAUAUUUCGGGAUAGGUUUUCUGUUUCCCGGUUCUGGCCGACUGUUAGAUAUAUUCUUGGGACCAAAACAAACUCGGAACAACACCCUAAUUUAUGAACUCAUUGAACCAUUCAUCAAAGAACACGAUCAGACAUAUGAUCCAAAUAAUCUAAGAGAUUUAAUUGAUGCAUUUUUGAAGAUGGAAAAAGAAUGGAAUCAACAAUACCCCAAUGAGAGUAUGGGAGAUCGUGGAUUAAACUUCAAGUAUUAUCAAAUAUACGGUCUAAUUCUUGACACAUUUGGCGCUGGAACAGAAACAACAACUACAACAUUGUUGUGGGGGUUGCUGUUCCUUGUGAAAAACCCGAACGUGCAGUCAAAAAUCCAAGAUGAGUUAGAUACCAUCGUUGGUCGAAAUCGUUCUCCAAAAGUAUGUGACAAACCAAAUCUACCCUAUACCGAAGCCACGAUUACUGAAAUACUUCGAAUGGCGAGUACAGUUCCGCUGUCUAUUCCGCGAUGGACUGCAUGUGAUACAACUGUUUCUGGUUACGACAUUCCUAAAGAUACUUUUGUGUGGCCUAACAUAUAUAGUGUAUUGCACGAUCCAAUCCGGUGGUCUAAUCCGGAUCAGUUCAACCCAGACAGGUUUCUGGAUUCACAUGGUAAAUUCGUCAGACCUGAUGUAUUCAUUCCAUUUGGUUCAGGUUCUCGUGUUUGUUUGGGGGAGCAACUCGCAAAAAUGAAGUUAUUUCUCAUACUAUCGUCUAUUGUGCAGAAAUAUAAUUUGGUGAUAGACGAGAAAUAUCCUUUACCGCCGAUAGAGGCCAGGAUGCACCUGACAUUGCAGCCGCCGAGAUACAAACUGCGGGCAAUUAAGCGAUAA